GUGCCUCAUGACCCCGCUUAACACGUCCCCAAACUAAAAUAAAAUCACUUCAUCUUCUCUCCUCUUGUCUCCUAUUCUCCACCACCAUCAACACGCUAAUCCUCAAAACCUAGACCUCUCUCUUAUUCGUUUGGUGAGAACAAAGACCAUGACGAAGCAAAAGCUGGUGAUCAAGGUGUCCAUGGAUGGCAGCGACAAGACUCGCUCCAAGGCCCUGCGAAUUGUAGUCGGCAUUUAUGCAGGAGUGCAAUCCGCGGCUGUAGGGGAGAAAGAUAAGAACGAGCUAGAGGUGAUAGGAGAAGGAAUAGAUCCAGUGAAAGUGACGACUUCAUUAAGGAAGAGGUUAGCGAAAUGGCCUUUCUUAACUUGUUUGUUACCAAACACUAUGGUGUAUGCAGAGCUUGUAAGCUUAAGCGAUGUAAAGGAGGAAAAAGAAAAGAAAGAAGAGCCUAAACCACAGCCUCCUCCUGAGUGGUCAUACACCAUUCCUUCAUAUCCCAUGCCUCCUUAUUAUAUCUGCGAGAUAUAGCACUAUGAUCGAUGCUGAGGAAUAUACAGUGCACUCCAUGCACAUGCACCUUAUUUCACAGCUAUGUAAAAUCCAUUAUCCAAGAGUACUAAAUUUAUGUACUUUCAGUGCAUAGAAGAUAUAUGGAUGAUCCCCACUCUUUCUUCAUGUAACAAUAUACAUAUCUUUAAGUGCUUUCUAUAAUUAUCUACUUUGUUUAUGCUUUUUGUUCAUCAUACCACAAAAUUGUGUUGCAAUAAGAGAAUUUAAGCAUAUAUGACAACGGAUUUCAACUGCUC